AUGCAACUUAAAGAGGAGAUUACUCUCAUUCAGCGAGAGUCCCAUUCUGUCUCGGAGUAUCUCCAUGCCAUCAAGGUUUUAGUUGAUGAACUUGCUGUGAUUGACUCUCCCGUCUCAGCGGACGACACUACUUUAUAUCUCCUCAACGAUUCUGGCCCUGAAUUUAGUGAGAUUGCAUCGCCUAUUCGGGCACAUGAGAAUUCUUUUAUGUUUAAGGAGCUUUAUGAUAUGCUGGUUGGCCAUAAAAGUUACUUACAAUGUGUCGACGCAUCCAAUUCCAUGCUGGUUGCCACUACGAACCCCACUCAGCGUCGCAUUCCACUUCCACUUUCAACUGCAACCAACGUUCCAGCCCUGGUUCCUAUGGUCAACGUCGCCCCAACUUUGGUCGCAAUAAUCGUAGGGAGCAGUCUGUGGCUUGUGGAUUCCACUGCUUCUCACAACAUCAUCUCCGAUCUUGCCAAUCUCUCUGUUCACUCGGAGUAUGAUGACACGGAUGAGGUCAUCAUUGGCGAUGACUCAGUUUCAAGUGCUAUCACAAAAGAUCUUGCCAUUCCAGUGGUGCCUUCCAUUGGACAGAUACCCUCCUCUCCUACCACCGUGACAGACAGCGCUCCUGCAACUCCAUCUUUCCCUUCCUGCUCUUCAUCACUCUCCCCUGCACCUUCUCUACCAGAGGUAGCCACUUCAUCCACCAUACCUGCAUCUUUGACCUAG